UGGAAGGAGGGAGUGGGCGGGUUUUAGUUGUUUGAUAAGCGUGGGUGGGUGGGUAAUCGAUUUGUCUGCGGCGGGGGAGGUGAGGGGUUUGGCCCGCCGCGCGGGAGCGCGCACGCGAGCCGGGGCUGGGAGGAGCCCGCAGCUCCCCUUCCCUGCCCCCUCCUUAAAGCGCUCGCCUGCCCUCCGCGCGAGCCGCAUUGGUGGUGGCGGCGCCUCGAGUGUCAGGGGGCGCCAUUGGGCAGCGAGCGCGUCCCGUCCCUCCCUCGGCUGGCCCUGCGGUAGCUGGAUGGUGCAGAGCCCCGGACGCCCAGCCUUUUCUGACUUCGCCUUAGCGCCGCUCUUGCUAGCCCAGCGUGGUCCUGCCGGAGUCCCCGGGAGCCGCCACGAUGUUUGACAAGACGCGGCUCCCCUAUGUGGCGCUGGAUGUGAUAUGCGUGAUUCUGGCUGGCUUACCCCUUGGUGUUCUAAACUUGGCAAAAAUAAAGCCGUAUCAGAGAGGCUUUUUCUGUAAUGAUGACAGCAUCAAGUAUCGGUUCCAUGACAGUACCAUCACAUCCACUGUCCUCUACACAGUGGGGUUCACCUUGCCUAUUUGCUCUAUAAUCCUGGGGGAGGCCCUGUCUGUGUAUUACAACCGUUUGCACUCCAACUCCUUUGUCCGAAACAACUAUGUUGCCGCUCUUUACAAAGCCAUUGGGACAUUCAUUUUUGGCGCAGCUAUUAGCCAGUCUCUGACAGACAUUGCCAAGUAUUCUAUAGGUAGACUAAGACCUCACUUUCUGGCCGUAUGUGAACCAGACUGGAGCCAGAUCAACUGCAGUUAUGGUUACAUUGAAAAUUUCAAAUGCCUUGGAGAAAAAGCAAAGGUUAAUGAGGCAAGACUUUCAUUUUACUCCGGACAUUCUUCUUUCUCCAUGUAUUGCAUGCUGUUCCUUGCACUUUAUCUUCAGGCCAGAAUGAAAGGUGACUGGGCAAGACUUCUGCGUCCCACAGCACAGUUUGGUCUCAUUGCAGCAUCCAUCUACGUAGGCCUUUCUCGUGUUUCUGAUUACAAGCAUCACUGGAGCGAUGUAUUGACUGGACUUCUCCAGGGAGCAUUAGUGGCUAUACUCAUUGCUGUAUACGUCUCGGAUUUCUUCAAAGUGAGGGGUCACACAUUUAAACAGAAGGAGGAGGAAGAUUCGCACACAACUUUACACGAGACUCCUACCAAUGGAAAUCACUACGGCAGUAACCACCAGCCAUGAUCGAUUUCAAGAGCUACUACCCUGUGGAAUCUCCUGCUCUAAGGAAAAAAAAAUCACAAUUCUUUCUGGCCUAUGUACAAAGUUAUAUAAGUUAAAUGCCUUUUGAAGGGACUGCUGCUGCUAUUCUUAUUGGAUGCUCACUUUACAUGUGUAUAUAGUAACACGUACAUAUCUAAAAUCUUCAAAUCUCUAUUGGUUCAAGCUUUUGCUUUUAAAGAAACACAGUAUUCUGGCAAUUUUUUUUUAAUUAAAAUAAUGUGGUAACACUUAUGUACAAAGAGCAAUGGUGUGUAUAUGAUAUCCUUUGCUAGCAUGAGGCUUCCGAUGAAAUACAUACUACACGUUAAGAACAUUAAGCAUCUGUCUUGCUUGGGAGGGAGGCAGAAUGGCAGCCUUUGCACUUAAAACCUCUUAUCAGUGGACGUUUGACUGGAGCCUCUGUUACAGAGUAGAUGCCGCCCCACUUCGUUUCAGGAACAGUCGUUAUAGGUAAAGGCUUGCGGCAAACACAAUGUCUCUCUUGAUUUUAGUAAUGCCUGUUAAGGAAGGUGGGGGAGAAGGUUAGGUCAAAUGCAAGUGUACUACCCAGAUACUUAAUGCCACGGCUAGUGAGAUAUGCAUUAAUGUACAAGUUUUUAAGGCUGAAAAUCAGGUCUUUAGGCCACUUGUAUUAUGUUCUGUCUUCCCAGUUCACAUCUCAAAAACUUGUGCACCUAUUUUGAUGGGGCUGUCAAGGCCUUAAGAGCCUUCCAGUUAUCUACUACACCAAAGAGAAUGAAUUGAACAGCAGCAGAUAAAGUGCAUGGAGCCUACAUUCAGUUCAAAAGGAACCCUCUGGCUUGUGUUUAAGCCAUUUUAAACUGCUUGUAAACAGACUCUACAUUUUAAGGCUUAUGUAUUUAUAAGAUACUGUACAUACAAACCUUCUGCAAAUUUGUUUUCCAGUUCUGUGUUUCCAAUGGCCUUUGCUGCUUGGCACAUCUGGCGAAGCAAUUCUUCAAGCCGUCUCAUACAGCGAAUUAUGCUCCCUGUAUGGAGAAGGAAAAAAGGCUAUGCAGUACAGUGGUUGUUUCCCAAUAAGUUAUCAGAUCUUCAGCACAAAAUAAUUGUACAUCUACAUCUGUAAUACAGCUAUCCUAUAGUUUUGCUCCAAGGAAACAUUCCUGUUGUACUACACUGAAUCCCAAACUACCCCUGAUUUAUAGCAUCAUAUUUACUAUUCCCCAUUAAGGUGCAUUCUCAGUACCACUUCUUGCAGCCUUCCUUUCAGCUUUGCAGUUGGCCCCACCUUCUUAGGUGUACCCAUCUUGGCCAAGAGGGAAGAGCUGCUUCCACUUGUCUUUGAGCAGAUGUUGCUUGCCUUAAAUGAGCAGGCAUGUGGUUUAUUCCAACCAUGCACUGAUGCGUUAGGAGGCUGGAAAAGCCUCAACAAGAACUGGUUGCUUAGUGGGUGGAGUUUUCCCCCAACGCAGCCCAGUACACAUGCAGCUAUUUGAGAGAAAGAUUAUCUGGUUAAUAAUCACUGGAAGCCUUAGCUUCUCUCUCUUGUUCUUGCUCAGAGUUCUGUUUUUAGUUCUCAAGAGAUCCCCCACUCCCUAUUUUGUGUCUCCAGAAAGUUAAUAAGGGAGAAUUAAACAUGUAGGCAUAGUUGAUCCUAUAUGAGGCAGGGAGCCAAGGGCCAUGCUUCUUCCUCACCUCACUUUUGGAGUGUACACAAAGAGAAAGGUAUGUCUUUGCCUCAAACAUUAUGGGGUACAAGCAAAAUCUGUAACAGGUGGAGUGACCUAGAGAUUUGUAGGUCAAGAGUAGUACUGUAGUUAUAGGUUUUUCCUUCCCGUUCAUAACUUAGACGAAAUGAGAACAGUGAUGCAAUGCUUUUCUACUCCAAGUAAGAGAUUAAACCUGAUCAUUUGAUUCCGGAUCCAGCAACUCUAGUUAAAAGCCACCUGGAGUCAAUUACCAAAAAGACACAAGUCUGAGCCAAAAGAAGCUGGGAUAGAUCCUACAAGAGCAGACCAUGCUGUACUCCGAGCAAGCAAUUGUUAUACCAGCUUCUGCUUAUAAGGCUUUACGAAAAUGCAAUCAAGUACAAGCUAACACCCCCAGAAGCUUCCUUGUUGGGUUAUAAUAAGCAUGUGUCUAUUUGAAACAGGGCAAAUGCAUCUCCUCUGCCUACAAAUUUGGUCAGUCUUUGCUAAACAAACACAUUUCUAAAGCACGUCUCUCCAGUUUACCUUAGAAAUAAGCAUAUACUGAAAUCUCACUUAUACUUUUAUACAACAAAGAGAAAAGUGCCUUUUCUAUCAGUGUUUGGAGAUAGCAGCCUUUUCCUAAAAGGCUGCUUAUCUGCCAUAGGAAAAAUAAGGAUGUGCCAUUUACAGAGUAAGCAAAAAAUGGGCGUGAUGGUGGUUUGGGGUUAUGCUAUCAUGGUCAGUGCCUUGUCUGUGUUCUACAUAAUUUCUAUUUAGCAAUGGAAAUUGCUAUUGUGGGCAGCUUAGAGACCUUAAUUAUCCCACCCUGCCUGAUGCCCAACAUCAAGAAACUUGGCUUAUAAUGCAGUGCUGGCCUCCCAACUAAGCAGCAGAGACCUCACAUCUGGCACGGCCUUCUACUACCUACUUGGCAUGGGGAAGAAGGGAGGGGGACGUCUUGAUACAGCAGGAGCAGGCAACCUUUGGCACUCCCAACAAAUUGAGCUGGGGCUGAUGGGAGUUGUAGUUCAAACAGCUCCAGUGCCAAAAGUUGCUAAUCCCUGUGAUAUAGUAUUUGUAACUGCAACCAUCCACAGAACUGAAUGCCUGCUUCACUGCAACCAAUAAACUGUGUAUCUGACAAAAAUGAGAUCAAGCCUUUUUUUCUUAUCCAUCCCAAAUCUUUUCUGCUAUUCUUCAGUACAUGAAAAUUGUGAACACUAGUUUUAAUUUUGGUCAAAACGACAAUUUCUCUGCUUGAUAAUGUGAUGCUCAAAGAAGUGGUAAAAAGACAAUAGUAUGAAUGGCACAUGUCCAUGGCUUGAGUCCCUAGGAGAGGGGUCCACUACAGUCCAUCACACCUGGUGAGCUUCCCCCACUGAGCCCUGGCAACCUGAGUCCACAGGUGAUGGAGGGAACAAAGGCUGGUGUGCCAUUACGGGGGCCAAGCACAGGGCUUUGUCCCAGAGCUCCCUGCAACCUGGCACCCAAAGAUUUGAAAAACCACAUCAGUUUCAUUUUUGCCCUCUGCUUGCUAAAUUAAUGUUAGAGUCCCAAAGAGUAUCCAGCAAGAAGGAACUGCAAAGCUAUGUUGCAACAAACAUGUCCUCAAAGCACUUUCAUAGAAAAAAUAAUGAGAAAAAGAUUGUACCCUGACCCAGGAUUGCUCACAAUUGGAAAAGAAACACGAGAGAUACCAACCAGCAACAGCCACACUAGAGCAAUGCUAUGCUUGACUGAAUAGAAGCAGUUGUUAUCGCCCUGCUAAAUCUAGAAUAAGCCACCACUUUGAAAGGUGCCCCUUUGCAACAAACUAUUAGCCACAACUAUAAGUAGGAAGGGUCCAUGACAUUUUGAGGUGGAUGCAGGGGCUAUGAAGAGGGCAGAACUGCUGAAGGUUUGCAAAAGUAUUGGGGAGGGGGAGCAAAACAUAGCAGGGAAAGGGGGGCAGCUAACCUUUGCUGGGCAGCUCACCCCUUUGGGCACUAUUUUCAUAAACACGGAGUAGGAGAGAGUAUAAAAAGCAGUAUAUCCCUUCUGGUGCACUUAACAGAUGGAUGCAUCAUUUGUUGCUAUCCUGAUGGAGCCACUCUGGGAAGGGCAGAAGGUUGCAAGUUCCCUCCCUGGCUUCUCCAAGAUAGGGCUGAGAGAGACUCCUGCUUGCAACCUUGGAGAAGCUUCUGCCAGUCUGUGUAGACAAUACUGAGUGAGGUAGACCAAUGGUCUGACUCAGUAUAUGGCAGCUGCCUAUGUCCUUACUGUCUCUGAUAGGACAACAUUCUACAAUUUCCAAUGCUGGCAUAUCUAACCACACAUACACAGACGGUCAAAAGGUAGUACAGAAGAAAAAGGCCUGCUCUAGUAAGAAUCAACUAGCACAUGCUUACCUAAACUCUAAAAAUACACUUUCGUGAAAAUGUUCACCACUAUAUAUAUAUAUAUAUGUUCCAGACAAGCAUAAAGCAACCAAGCCAUUUUGCACAAUACUUCAGGCUUUUGAUAAUAGAGUCCAUUAAAGUUAAACAAUUUGGUGACCAGCUGCAGGGUGAAACAUAGCUAACUUCAGACAGUUUUUUACAUUUCUGAAACAAAUUAUAACUGAAGUCCAAUUAAACUGUAUUCUCAAUAGCAUCUCAUUCUAUGAAAUUUUUAGACUGCUCCUAACGUCCGUCUCUGGGCAGUUUGCCACCUUCAAAGUUCUUGAUAAAAAUCUUGUUGCGCUCCUUCCAAUAGUCCAGGAAGGCAGGCCAGUAUUAACACACAUACACACACUCGCUCUUACCAUAUUUCUCACAACAGUCCUGGAAAGUAGACCAGUGUUAUUACCACACACCCUCCCUCCCUCCCUCCCUCCCUCUUUAAACUUGCUAUACUCCUCACAACAGCCUUGGAAGGCAGCACCCACACUUGUUCUGUCACCCUGUAGCAAACAGCUCUCCCCUCCCCUAAAGAGUGAACCAGAAGUGAACUCUGUCUUGAUUGACAGGCAGUGACCUCUAGGAAUCAGCCACUCAGCACACGGUGGGUGGGACCUAGAGGGCCAUGUGGCAGGAAGAGAAGGGUUUUUUUGUUCUCAGAUGGAGGACAAGCAAAUGGCUACAACCCUGGGAGGUUAGGGCUGCAGGGGCCUGAAGUCUCUAACAUGGAUUUGGUGAGUUCAGGAAGGAAGGCAGGGCUUUGGCUUCGGGGAAGGGUUUAGCCAGGGAACAGUUUGUUGGCUCGCGUUAAGAGUUCUUACUUUCCUUUGGUGUGCUUUGCAAAUCCUUACAACUGGUCUAUUGUGUUUUACCUGUAAUGUAACAAGCUAAGAAAUGCUGAGCCAGUGCCCAUCUUUCCAUCCAGGGCACUGCAAAGUCUCUGUAACCUUUAAAGGUGCUUUUAAGGGUUCCUAUAUCCCUGUUCGUUGCAGCUGGGUGCUUUUUGAAGUAUUCUUGCAACUACGGAGUGUUCCUUUUAAAUGUAACUAAAAGCUGAGAAAGCUUCAGACGGAAGCAGUCUGUAGUAUUUUAAAUAAAGUAUAUUUCCCUUUGUUU